AUGAGCUGCCCCGACGCUGCCGCAAGAGACAAAUUCUACGAGGACCUGCACGCCCUCUUGGCGACUGUGUCGAAGGCGGACAAGUUGAUUGUCCUUGGUGACUUCAACGCCCCCGUCGGCACAGACCAUGCUGCCUGGAGAGGAGUGCUGGGUCCCCACGGUCCCCACGGUUCCAACGACAAUGGUCUGCUGCUGCUGCGCACCUGCGCAGAACGCCGCCUCAUCCUGACGAACACGUUCUUUUGUCUGCCGGAGCGAGAGAAGGCCACCUGGCGGCAACCACGGUCACGUCAGUGGCACCCGCAGGACUACGUCCUCGUCCGGAGGCGAGAUAAGCGGGACGUGCUGGUGACGAAGGCGAUCGCGGGUGCUGACGGGUGGACCGACCAUCGCAUCGUCAUCUCGAAGAUGCGUAUUCGCCUACAGCCUCGCAGGAGACCACAAGGUAAGUUACCCCCAGGUAAGCUGAAUGUUGCUUUAUUGUCUUUGCCCGCUCACCAUCUUCAUUUCAGCAAUGAGCUAGCUCAACGGCUAGGCAACCUUCCUUUCGCUGCCGCCGCCGACGCCCCCGCUUUUGCCGAGAACAUCUCCGUGGAGAACCGCUGGUGUCAACUGCGAGACACGGUCCAGUCGACGGCGCUAGCCGUCCUUGGUCGAGCACGCCGCCAACAGCAGGACUGGUUCGACGACAGUGAUACCACCAUCAGAAAUCUGCUUGCUGAGAAGAACUGCCUACUCAAAGCCUACGUAGAUCACCCCACUGAUGCCACCAAAGCUGCCUUCUACCGCAGUCGCCGCCAACUUCAGCAACGACUGCGCGAGAUGCAGGACGUCUGGACUGCUCGUAAAGCUGAGGAGAUCCAAGGGUAAGCGGACCGCAACGAAUGGAAGAACUUCUUCUCUGCGAUCAAAGCUGUCUACGGUCCGCCGAUGAAGGGCACUGCUCCUCUCCACAGCGCCGACGGUAUCACUUUCCUGACUGAGAAGAUACAAAUACUACAGCGAUGGGCCGAGCAUUUCCGAGGCGUCCUCAAUCGCCCCUCCGCCAUCCCCGACGCCGCCAUCGCACGCUUGCCGCAAGUUGACACCAACGUGGACCUCGACCUCCCGCUAUCUCUCUAG